CGGGGGCUUGCCAUGGGCCACGCAUGAUGGGGUCUCCCGGCUCCAGCCUGCUGCAGCAGCUGCUCCUGGUCGUCGUCGUCGCCCGCCACAGACCCCUCCUCGGAGCCGCCGCCGGAGCAGAGGCCAGCUACGGAUGCUUAUUUGAGGAUGACCUUUGCAAAUCUUUUGAGAUCUGUAUAAAUGAUGGAGUGUUUGGGAGGUGUCAGCAGGUGCCAGUGAUAGAUGUAUACAAAUACGAAGUUUCGCCAGCCAUCUAUCAACGCUUGAGAAUUGUCUUAGAGAAGCUGUUGCACAGAGGUUUUAACUGGCGAGAUGAUUACACACAACACAUCAUUGCCCGUGAACUUUCAGAUCUUCGAAAGAUCCAUGACUGGCAUUCUGAGACAUUCUCAUCAGAGGAGUCAGAUGCACUAAGGACCUCAAAACAGAGUGUGGAUAGCAACAGGCAGAAUUUGGGACUGGACAAAGAUGUGGACUUUGCUAAUUCUCCUCAGCAAUACCUUGCUUACCUGGAUAUUCUCUCUCAGUCUGGAACUCCACAUUUAUAUUCAAGGAUAAAGGGCAACAAAGCCACUGCUAAGGUUGAUACCAUCCCUCCUGGUUCUAUACUUAACUAUAUGGUACAGAAUUCUAAAGGAAGAACAUCUGCUUUGACACAUUCAGCAGCAGCCCAUUCAAAAUAUACUGAAAACCUCCCAAUGAGAACCUUCAACCAACCUCAGAAAUAUAUAUUUCCAGUAAAGUCAGAAGAACAGUUUGAUAGAAAGGCUCUCCUGGCUGCAUUAAAUGCAUACAUCACUCAAAAAGCGGCAGCCAACAAUCUAGAUGAAAGUUUUUCUCUUAGCAGGACUAACGGAGCUUCCUCCUAUAACAGUAUGCUCAAGCCUCCUCAAAUGGACCAUCUUGAUGGGACAUGGCAAAAAGAAAAAACAGGAGAUUUUGAGAUGAGACCAUCAUUCCAACAAAGGCCUGGGUCUGCACUGGUAGUACCUGGCUCUGCUCAGGGUAAUCUGAGGACCCCUCUAACUACAGUGGAUGUAAUAUUUAUACAAGAUGUUCUGAGGGACUUGAAGAAACAUCAUGUGGAUGUAGAUAACUUGAACCCACUGGAGCUGGAUAAGAUGGCUGAUAUAAUUGCUGAUGCCAUUGAGGCUGUUGAUGCAGAUGAAGAAAAGAAAAAUGCUUCUGGAAUUGUUGAAGAAGAGACAUUGGAAAAGGGUGUGAAUGCAGAUGGAAAAACUGAUUAUGAUACAGGACUAAUGGAAGAAGGUUAUCAGAUGCAAGAUGCUGGAACACAGAAGGAUAAUGUUGGGGAUAAAAAGAAGGAAAACCGUUUGGGUGCAAAACUACUCAGUUUCCUGAAAAAGAAUGUGCCAAUGGAAAAUCUGCCUAAAGAACCCUUGCCCAACGAAUCCUUGAAAACAGAAAUCAAGAAGUCAGAGGAUUUAGAUUUCUCUUCCUCUGAAGAAGUGAAAGCUGGGGUUGAAAAUGUAAAGAGUGAAACAUUCUCAAGGGAAUUGAUAGCUGAAAAGAAAACUGAGUUGGAACCAAACUCUGAAGAGCUGACAGAGCGUCAUCAUUGGAUUAAGAAUACUUUGAUUCAAGGUGAAAGUGCUUAUGAAGAAACACAAAAUAAGAUGGGAGGUCUACAGUUAGAUGCAAAGUCUUCUAAAGAAGAGGAAUAUGGCUACAUUGUGACAGAAAAAGAUGCUCUGAGCGAGGAAAAAGGCUUGGAGUUAAUAAAGAAAGUUGCGGAUCUCCUGAAGCUGCAGAUGACUGCUUUUGCUGAUGUCAACAUUCUGGGGCCUGCAGUGACCUUCAAAAUGUACUCAAAUGGCCACAAUAUCACCACUGCUGAUGUUGCCAAAGCAGCAGCUGACAACAAAGAGAAGCUUGAAAAAACAACAGGAUUGAAAAUUUUGCAGAUUGGCAUGGGGGAGAAAAGCAAGCUGCAGUUUUUGCCCCACCAUGCUGGAGAAGAAGAAGAUGCCACCAAGUUCAUCAUCCUAACACUCCUCUCCAUCGCUUGCAUUUUUGGGAUCCUUUUGGCUUCUGGGGUCAUCUACUGCCUCCGCCACAGCUCACAUCACAAACUGAAGGAGAAACUGGCCAGCCUGGGCUCCGAUUCUGGGUCGGAUGCUACUGCUGCUUAUCAGGAGCUGUGCCGUCAGCGUAUGGCAGUAAAAUCAUCGGAUCAUUCUGAGCCUUUGCAUACUUCUCGUAUCAAUAGCAUAUCUUCUCAGUUCAGCGAUGGGCCCAUCCCAAGCCCUUCUGCACGGAGCAGCACUUCAUCCUGGUGUGAGGAGCCGGUCCAGUCUAACAUGGACAUUUCCACUGGUCACAUGAUAUUGUCAUAUAUGGAAGAUCACUUAAAGAACAAGAAUCGUCUGGAGAAAGAGUGGGAAGCCCUUUGCACUUACCAAGCUGAGCCCAAUGCAACCACUGUUGCGCAUAAAGAAGAAAAUAUCCAGAAGAACCGCUCACAAGAUGUAGUCGCCUACGACCAUUGCAGGAUAUAUUUGAAAACUGAAAACAGCCAUGACAAUUCAGAUUACGUCAACGCAAGUCCAAUUAUGGACCAUGACCCCCGGAACCCUGCGUACAUCGCUGCUCAAGGCCCCCUGCCUUCUACAGUCACAGACUUCUGGCAGAUGGUCUGGGAAAACGGCUGUGUCGUUAUUGUCAUGCUGACACCCCUUGCUGAAAAUGGAGUCAAACAGUGCUACCACUAUUGGCCAGACGAAGGGUCAAACCUCUACCAUAUCUAUGAGGUCAACCUGGUCUCCGAGCACAUAUGGUGUGAGGAUUUCCUUGUGAGAAGCUUUUACUUGAAAAACCUUCAAAGCAAUGAGACUCGAACCGUGACCCAGUUCCAUUUUCUUACUUGGCAUGACCAGAAAGUCCCCGGUUCCACAAGGUCCCUACUGGAUUUUCGCAGAAAAGUAAACAAGUGCUACAGGGGUCGUUCUUGUCCAGUAAUUGUUCAUUGCAGUGAUGGUGCAGGAAGAAGUGGAACCUACAUCCUAAUUGACAUGGUUCUCAAUAAAAUGGCCAAAGGUGCUAAAGAGAUUGAUAUUGCUGCUACCCUGGAGCACUUGAGAGACCAGAGACCUGGCAUGGUCCAGACAAAGGAGCAGUUUGAGUUUGCAUUGACAGCAGUGGCUGAAGAAGUGAACGCCAUCCUCAAGGCACUUCCGCAGUGAACAGCUCAUCAUCCUCGGAGGCUCCCAGAGGGAUCUCUCUGUUUUGUUAUCCUCGGUCCCUGUGAAUGUUGUUGGAAACCGUGACCUGACCUUAACCGUGUGUCUUCUAUUGUAACCGCAUAUUGAUAGGGUCUUUGCAAACUUCUAUUUGCCAGUUAAAGUUCAACAGUUAACAUGUGUAUUUCAUUCUUGUUUUAUGAUAUCCAGAAAGAGUAAUACUUCGAGGCCUUGGUUUAAUUGACACAAACGAUCCCUCUGUUUCCUUUUACAGCCUUGAAGCCCUAAAUUUCACAUGCCAAAAGCACACAAUCACCUUGUUCAUAGGAAAUACGCAGUAUUGUGGGUAAGCAAGUGCAUUCAAUGUAUCUUCCGCUACAUAGGCGUUCGCUUAUGUUUUGUAACUUUUCAGGGCUGAAUAAAAGGAGCAGGGGGCCUAAUUAAAAAAAAAUAAAGCUUUGGGAUUGUUCUUGCAAAGGCCAGGCAAGCCCACAGAACAAUGCAACGCGUGUUGGUAAACACAAGGUCUGGCAUCUUGCAGAAAAGAGGCCGCGCUGCUUCACGCUGCGCCUUGGCAAGCGGAGGCUUUUAUUAACUGUUGUUUACUUUUCAACUUUGUGCAAUGAAUAGAAGCAGAUCUGAGUCCAUAUCACAACUUGGAGGGAGAGUCAGUCACGAUAGCAGGGGCCCGAGGUUCCAAAGAGCACAGCAAACUUUUAUUGUGUAUCACUGCCAUAAAGGGGAGGGGGCACAAAUAAUGGAAGUUCUCAGUAGGAGUUGAAAGCCCCUGUUGGCAGCUUGUUCGGUGUUGAUCUUUUUUUUCUCCCCCUUUUUUGGUAGAGUUAGAGGAGAAAAUGCAUCUAUCUGUGUGUUUCAUCUCUUUAGACUCAUUUAUCAAAAUAUAUCUUAUUUUUAAAGACCAGAAAAGGGAUUCUUUUAAUGGCUUUUGGGCAUAUCAGAAUGAAUAGCUUAGCAGAGAUCUUCAGAAGUUGAAGCUGUUUUGCACAUCACUCCCUUGCUUUGGGAUCCCAUUAUGAGUAGCCAUAUUAGUAUGAACUGUAUUACUUGCCACUGAGUGCUUUCAGAAUUGCUGCUUGUGACUAUUAAUUCCCUUUGAAACACUGUCCAGAUGCGUCCCUUUGCACACACACAGGAAGCAGCCUCUACCAGCCAUUGAUUCCAAGAGGCUGAGACUCACUUGAGCUUUAAAUUGAAGGGGGAAAGAUGACUUGAGUUGCAAAGCAGCAUGUUUAUAGGUUCUGUUCUGUUUUCAGGAUUCAAGUUCUGAGAUCUCGCACUUUCUAAAUGUCUUUUUUUUUUUAAUUAAGAUUUUAAAAGAAUCUUUGACUUAGCUUAAUUUGGCCAAAACAGGAAGAUCAGAGUGCCUCGCAGAAUGGGGAGGAAAGGCUCAAAUUUUUGAGCACAGUCCACCAGGCUCAGCUGCAGCAUACACCAAUAACAUCCAAAGGGUUCUGCACAUGGCAGGCUCCAAGCAUGGCAGCUGUGCCUGGUCUCCAUCACCCUCGCCAGCCCCCGAGACAAAUAGAAAGAUGUGCAGCCGGCAGCGUUUGCAGGGUUGGACUUGGACCCAUUCUCUUUGCUGUCGUAACGUAAGUGUGAAUUCAAGAGAUACCUUCUAGGAAUUAAAAGGAUUGUUUCCC